CGUUGCUCACUGCACGGCUGGUUGUUUUUGUCGCUUCAAAGCUAGCUAAAGCCCUUAGCUAAUGCUAAACUGCGUAAACACUUUCAUGACAUUUAUGAUCUUAAAGAAGAGUUCCUGCGCGAUUAAUAUGUACUUAUUUAUCUGAGAAAGGCUAUUCUUAAAGCUGUGAUGGGAUCAUUCCUUUGCGUCCGGUGCUUCUUUGUUAAUUAUUCUUAAAAAUGAACCUAUUAAAUUUGGGAUGUAGCCUUAUGUUAUUAAGUGAGUAAAAGCAUGGCAGACUCGUCGCCUUUGUCCGGGGUUAAUGUGGUUUUGGUGAUGGCUUAUGGAAGCUUGGUGUUUGUUCUGCUGUUCAUCUUCGUCAAAAGACAGAUCAUGCGUUUUGCAAUGAGAUCCCGCCGUGGACCCCAUGCUCCUAUCGGCCACAAUGCACCAAAGGGUUUAAGGGAAGAGAUUGACUCCAAGCUGUCCAAGGUCCACAAUAUUCAUUUUGAGCCUCGUCUCUUAUCAGAAGAGGAUGACAGACUCAGGCGGGGAUCACAGAUAAGUUGCUACAACUAUCUGUACAGAAUGAAGGCUCUGGAUGCCAUUCGAGACUCAGGGAUUCCUCUGCAGGAGAUCAGUGGCAACCCCAGUGCGUUCACCGGUCGCAGCUUCAGGAACUGGCUGGUGGAGCUGCGGAAUUCCCACUCCCUGAUCAAGAGCAGCCGCAGCGCGCUCAUUGACCGCUUACUGGAAGGCUACGACAACGCUCGCCACGGAACCGGGAUGUUCGGGGAGGCAGAGUUUCUUGAAUACCAGCGAGCUCUAAAUGAACUGCUGGACGUUGUGAAGGCCUACUCCAGCAGCACCAGCCUGGACCAGCAGCACCAGUCUGCAGCCAAAGACCUGACGGGCUCCCCGGUCCGCAGCACCCCGUCCACCAUCCAGGUCACCUACCUGCCCUCUACAGGUCAGCGCAGCAAGAGGCCCAAACACUUCCUGGAGCUCAAAAGUUUCAAAGACAACUACAACACGUUGGAGAGCACGCUGUGACAGCCGCACAACAUCGGACAAAGCUACUGUUUUUUUUAAGUUGAGCUUUAAAACUGUAAAUGACAGGUCAAGUUUGGAAAAAAAAACUGCAUUUGAUAUUUUUAAUCCUAAUUUGAACCGACUGAAUCACAGUUAGAGGAUACAUUUAAUUGUGAAUAACCUGGCAAAGACGUUAUUCUCGGUUAAAUCCAAUUUAUUUAAUAUUUGUUUUUACAAAUUCAACGUUGGUUUCUAAGUAUGUUUGUACAGAUGUAGCAUAUUUAUAUAGACAAUUAUAACU